UGGUUGUAUGCCCAUUCUUUUGCAUGCACACGAAUCGUAAAUGCACAAACUCUACCGUGUCUAUACAUGUAUACAGAUAUAGGAAUGAACUAGGUAUAUAAUCGUUAUUUGGUGUUUUACGUGUCAUAUGCGACUAUUCAGGAGAGGUACAUCUCUCCUAAUAAAAUUGAUGUUGAUUUCAAAGAUCUGAAACUGUACACCUUCAUCAUUUUUGUUAAGUUUGCUUCGAAGUGUGUAAAACCGGAAAAUCAUUCCCUGGAUUAAACUGCAUCAGUACCAGAGGCCCAUCGAAAUCGUCCCCAGCGCCUCCAGAAUAGGCAGCCCGUCUUGUUUUCGAGGUCCGCCGUGACACACCUCCUGAACCCGUGUUACAUAAUUUACGCUGUGAAUAAAGUAAGCAUCGUCCACCUGUUCGUUCACUCAACGUGCUGGUCAAACGAUGUCAGGUGACGUGUUUCACCAUGGACACACCUCACAGGUAGCUUUAUCUGAACAGGAUGAACUCGACAUCGAACGAGGUAAAUCAUCCGAUCCUCUUCCCUCAUCGACGUCAAAGACGGCCUCUUCACCUAUCAAGCUCUCUGAGAUCAAUGCGGCACCACGUGACGGGUACGAUAGCGUGAACGGAGUCGUGGUUGAUGAUGUUUCACCUGAUCUUGAUUGUGGAUGGUUUAGUUGUCGACCUGGGUGGUUACAGCACCUCAGAAAGCCACCUUUUCUUCUAGUUUCUCUUUGCUUCGCAACCAUUCUCCAAGGUAUGAUAGUAAAUGGCUUUACCCCCAGCUCUAUCACAUCGAUAGAACGUCGCUUUCUACUUUCCAGUCAGAGCACGGGUAUUCUUGUGAGCGUUUACGAUUUUACCAACAUCAUCUUCGUGCUCUUUGUAGUGUACGUAGGAGGGCGUGGUCAUAAGAUCCGAUGGGUGGGCGUUGGCUGUGUUCUGAUUGGUGUAUCCGGUAUUCUGUACGCUCUACCCCAUUUUACAACUCCACCUUACUCCUAUGUGGAUGCUAUCAGCAGUGGUAAUAAUGGAUCCUCUAGUAGUGGGGUGUGUAACCGCAAUAGAAGUGGAGAGGAUGACGCAUGUUCGUCGAGUGGUGGUGGUUCGGAUUCGAACCUUUCGAACUACAUCUACCUUUUCUGUGCAGCACAGGUGGUUGCUGGAAUAGGAUCUCUGCCUCUGUACACGUUGGGUCUUACUGUUAUGGACGAAUCUAUAUCCAGCAAGGCGUAUGGACCUUACUUCGGGACGUUUUUCGCAUGUGUUGUUCUUGGACCUGGUCUAGGAUUCAUCUUAUCCGGUUCAUUUUUAGACAUUUUCACAGAGAUAACCAUUCCUGAGGGUGUAAUGUUAUCACCGUCUGAUCCAGGUUGGGUUGGAGCUUGGUGGCUAGGAUUCAUCAUAGUUGGUUGCACCAUAAUCCUCUUGAUUAUACCCUUCAGUCUCUUCCCAAAAGAGUUUCCAACAACUGCUAGGAUCCGGGCAGAGAAAUCUGUCGAAGCUCAUGCCAAUUCCGGUUUGGACAUAACAACACGAGCUGGUUUUGGAGAGCGACCGUCAGACCUUUUGAGGGCGCUUCGCUACCUGUUGACCAACCCUACCUUUGUGUUCACGUGUUUAGGAGGGGUAGCUGAUGCCCUCCUCAUUAAUGGGUUCAAUGCUUUCCUGCCAAAGGUCUUCGAGAAUCAGUUCUCUCUUUCAGCUGGAUUCGCUACAAUAGUGACAGGUGUCCUGAGUAUCUUUGGAGGGUUCUUUGGCUCCCUGUCCGCUGGGUUCGUACUCAGGCGGUUCAACCUGAAGAUCCGAGGCUUACUCAAACUAAUAGCAGCAGCAAACCUUAUUUCAGGAUUGUUAACUUUCAUCUUUCUUUGGCAUUGUCCCCAGCAGAAUCUAGCUGGUGUUACAGAGCCAUAUACCAACACGAAAGGAAACACCGGAACAAACUUGACAUCUGAAUGCAAUUCUGACUGCUCCUGUGCCGCGGAACAGUUUCUCCCAGUAUGUGGUGGAAAUGGUAUAAACUAUUUCACACCUUGCCAUGCAGGCUGUGAUGUAAACUCUGGAAAUGGGACCUACACAGAGUGUACAUGUCUAGAAGGACCAUUGGAGACUGUGGAAUCCGGGUUGUGUCAGACAUCAUGCAGCUAUCAACCCUAUAUCUGGUCCGUACUCGCUGCCGCGUUCGUCUUCAUAGUCUUCUUCGCUCAGAUUCCAGAGCUCAAUGUCAUCCUCAGAUGUGUACCUGAUUCUCAAAGGUCAAUGGCUGUUGGACUUACUUCACUACUGAAACGUGGGCUAGGUUCAGUUCCAGGACCUAUCAUAGUUGGUGCUGUGAUAGACCAAGCCUGUAUUCUCUGGCAGGACGUAUGUGGAACACGUGGUUCUUGCUGGAUCUACGACAAUGCAAGCUUAUCCUGGAGACUGACCGUUAUAGCACUGGCUCUUAAAGCAGCAGCUUGCUGUAUGUAUCUCAUUGCUAUGGUAUGCUACAGACCGGCUUUAGUGCAGGACAAUGAGGUUUCCGGCAGAGAAAACAAAGGUGCAAACUUUGAAAAGGACAUUAAUUGAUUCAACCACCCCAUUGAACUAUUGUAGCUGUAGAUGCCGCUGACGUCAUGUGUUAUAUAUAUAUAUAUAUAUAUAUAAU